AUGUCACUUAACUAUGCUUCAGCACUUUCCGCGUACGAAGACAAGGGUGUUUGUGGACUUCCCGAAAUUCAUGACCCGGAUUACAUUUUUGAGCAAAAGGUUACCGUGUUAACUGACCUUUUACGCCAAUCGCCUUACACAGUGGUCCACACAGGAGCAGGUCUCAGCACUUCCUCUGGAAUACCCGAUUUCCGUGGCCCCAACGGUGUUUGGACCCUCGAAAAGCACGGCAAGUCUCCGAGUUUCAGUCAACCCUUUGAUUCCGCCAUUCCUUCGAUCGGACAUAUGGCGCUGGUUGCGCUAGAGAAAGCCGGAUACAUCAACUACGUGAUCACACAGAACAUCGAUGGACUGCAUUUGCGCUCUGGAUUUCCCCGGAACCGCCUCUCCAUCCUGCACGGUGACGUCUUCCUGGAGAAAUGCCGUUCGUGUGGAGCUGUUUACGUGCGGUCAGCUAAGACGUCUCCCACAAUCGGCUUGAAGACCACCGGUGCCAGGUGCACCAAGUUAAAAACGCGCGUUCGUCCUUGCGGUGGCAAAUUAAUCGACUCAGUGCUAGAUUGGGAGGACGAAUUACCCGAACCCGAUUAUGCCUUGGCUGUUAAGGAGGCUCGGUACGUAGGUUGUUUCCCUAUCAUUCGAUCUUCUCAUUUAAAUCUUGUAUGUGCAUUGUCGCGGCCGCAAGAACAGGCUUCCUUGAUUCUUUUACCUCUAGAACUGCAAGAGUACUGA